AUGGCGUCCAGUCCAGGCUGCGUUUUCGCGUCUCUCCUACCGGCUACCGGCGACAUGUGCGGGGACGAAAACGAGUGCGGUGUCGCUGGGGUAAUGAGCGUGCCAUCUCCAGAGGCGCGGAGCCACGCGAGACAGGUCCACGUACGAGGCCGCGCGGAGCUGUCCUCUCCACCGGACCGCGCCGCUGUGACCGUCUCUGUCCGAAGCACCAAGGACUCGGUCAACGACGUGACCAACAGUGUAACUCGCAGGUUGGACUAUAUCCUGCAGACGAUGCGACAGCACGGAGUUCAGGAGGAGGACACGGCUGUGAGGAAGCACGUCCGAAGAGAAGGGGACCUGUACAGCAUGCAGACGGAGGUGAGCGUGGUGUUUUCAGACUUUGAGAAGAUGCAACGUGUGCGCUCGGUGCUCAUCGAGAAGUUGGACAGAAGUGUGUGUGUCGGCGAGCCCCGUUUUGAACACAGUUCACAGUGCCUCAAUCUGUUAAGAAGACACGUGUGUGCUGAAGCUGUGGAGACUGCCCGCCUCAAAGCAAACGAUAUCUGUAGCAUUCUAGGACAGGCUCUAGGACAGCCCCUACUGGUCCGGGAGGAGGAGUCUCAGGAAUGGGGGUGUGGCCAAGAAGGCCCUGCCCUCCCCCUCAAGCUACAGCAGAAGGCGGGCCAGACACUAGUCUGUGCCUCUUCAUGUGUGUGUGUGAUAUUUGAACUGCAGCCUAAGAAUAGUACCAAGAAGUUAUAAAGACCACACUCGUGAUGCAAGCCUCCUGCUGCCAAAGGAUUACAGAUUUUUUUUUUUUUUUAGUCCAAUUAAGGAGGUUAGAACAUUAUUACAGAUUAUUUCUCACUACUCAGUGUACCCGAAUGUAUGUGAAAAACUGGUCAUCUGUGUUAAGUGCCAGGUUUGUGGUCUGCCGCUCAAAACUAUCCAACCAACACUGGGACCUCACACUGGGCCAACACAGAUUCCACUUGUCAAAACUGGGAUAUCAUUUCUAUGUCUACACCUACAAGUUGUUUUCUAAUACUUUGCUGUUUCUAUUAAAGUGGUAGCUGAGUGUACAUAACGUGGUGCUCUGCAUCCAAACCUGGCAGCAGGCACAGGGAGCUAAAGAGGGACAAGCUUUAGGGGACCUUAUCCACUGAAAGGCCUUCUGCUUUUCCCUGAGCCGUUAUGAGCUUUGACAUAGCAGACACCAUCCAGGCCUGUUUCUCAUGCCCUCUGAGCAAAUAUAAGCACUACCCCUUCAUCUCCUCUAGUGUGAAU